AUGCCAGGCCCCUCGUACUCGACCUACCGCAACGGCCUCCACCUGGCUGCUGGCCCUUCCAACCCCUACCCCAACUCGAACGGCAGCGCUCCCGCCCGCGACCUCUCACACGACAUCUACAUCCCCGCGUCCUACGAGGAGCGUCAGAGGAGGGGCAUCGAGUCCCAGCUCGCCCGAGCCAACCGCCUCCGCGCAUCCAACCCGCACCAGACCGCCGCCUCCUCAUCCACCGUCGACACAUACGACCGCAUUGGCCGCGAUGGCGGCGACAACGACAAUGACGACGGCGACAACGACAACGACGCUGCCGAUGACCAUCGAUUCUUCUCCGCGCGUCGGCAGACAGACUACGAUGAGAGCCUCAUCCCCGGCGUAGGCAGGGGCCUCCGCGCACAACAUCCCUCCAGCGCCCAGUCGCCAUCCUACCGACACAGCAUCUACCACUUCGACUCGCGCCAGAUGCAAACGAAGCCCCAAAUGUAUCCCGCUGCAUCCGCAAAGAGCCCCUACCGCAGCCGCAUCGCAGCCCAUGCGCAGCACACCAGCUCCCCUGGAAGCCGGCCGCGCCCAGCACGCGUCGACACCGCCACAGACUCUGCAGACGAUUCGAUCUCCUCUGCUACCUCGUCCUCCGGCAGCGACGGCUUCGAGUCCACAGGCAACCACCGCGCCUUCGCUGCCACUCCCGCCGGCGGCACCCUGACCUCGCGCAGCACCAACGCGGGUGCCCAGCACAGGUUUGCGCGACCCACCUUGGGCGAAGACACGCUCGAUAGGAUCGACUUUGACCGAUACACCGAUAGCGACCGCGCCAGCAGAGCGUCUAGAAAGAAGCUCAACGAGGACGACCCAACGUAUACCAACGCAUACCCCUCCAGCGAAGCCGCUCGCUCAGACGUCGUCAAGCCCGCCUCACAGAACAGCCAAACUCAUCUUGCCGGCAGGCCGGGCCCCUCGCAGGAUCCGCACGACCCUUUCCACUCGUCUCGCAACUGGGCCUCUUCUCCGCCCGCACCGUCCAACGACCUGGACAGGACGAGACCGAUGAUGAGCAAUGCCGCCGCAUACCAGCAGCACCUCAACUCGCGCACACUCACGUCUCCUGCCAUCCGCACGCUGGUCGGCGAUCGUACAAAGAGCCCCGAUAGUCCGAGCCCUGCCCCCUCGAUCAGCGGCCGCAUCUUUAAUCGCGAGAGAGGCCCUCUGGCCGAUCGUGCCGCGGCACAGGCUCCGAACCCCAUCGCGCGGGGCAAGGUCGGGGCGCUCGCGAGGGCUGGCCUCGAGCGCGAGUCUUCGCUGACCGCGCUCAGCGCGUUCGAGGACAUGGCGCGCAAGCUGCAGCGCGAUGUCGAGCUCACCAGGAGGGCCGAGGAGAUUGACGAGGCGCGCAGGACCGAUGACGAUGCCGCCACGCUCAACAACUCCAACUCUGGCGGCAGCGGCUACGGCCCGGGAAGCCAGGUGUCUAGCGCUCGUACGAGGGUCGAGCACCGCGAUCUCGAACCUGCCACCGGCCCAGGCCAAGAGGGCGAUCUCAAGGGUCAGGGCGGGUCAGUCGCCACGACAACCAAGUUCAACGCCAAUGGCUAUCCUGCCUUUGGCGAGCUAAGAGGGCCAUCCCCGGACCAGCACAAGACGACAGCAGCCUAUCCUGCCCAUCUGCGACCCGGCGCUCCCGGCCACCUCUACCCGGGUUCAGCCACGCGCAAGGCUCGUCUGGACGACCCAUUCGCAGCCCGCUUGCCUGACGUCACCGGGCUCACCUCGAUGCUGGCCUCCCCGCUCAAGGCUCGGGACGGCGUGUCCCACAUUCCGAUUGACCCGGCCGUCGGAUCGCAGUUCGCGAGGCUCGAGGAGCUGGGGCACCUGCGCGUCUUCGUCGACAGCCUGCAGACGGAGCUCGAGCGGGCAGGCGACCGGAUCGUCAAUCUGGAAGAGAGCCAGGAGAUGCAAAAGGAGGAAGUCGACGGCCUGCGGAGGGAGGUCCAGAGCGUGUGGCAGGACGUGCGCGAGGUGCGCGGUGGCGAGUUCCUCAAGACGCUGCUGGACAGGAUCCGCGAAGAGGAGAGGCACAUCUACCGCCAGCAGCAGCAGCAGCAGCAGCAGCAGCAGCAGCAGCAGCAGCAGCAGCAGGACAUCCCAAAUGCGCAGCAGAUGGCGCCCGGGCCGACGACGAUGCAGCCGCAGCAGUCGGCCGCUGAGCAGCACCAGGUUGGCGGCCCCGCAGACGAGACGAGCCACACCCACGUCGAUGCUCCGGAUGUCGCCGAGAUGCCGCGCAAUCGGAGCCCAGCGCGCAAGGACUCGGCGGCGGACCAUGACGGUGCGCGGACCAUGAGCCAGAGCGAGCACGACGAAGUCAUCCAGAGGCUCUACGGAGAGCUCGACAAGCUGAAAGCGGCCAUGGCUGAGCAGUUCAGGAAGGCCACUCAGCUGGCAACCGACGACGAGGUCGCCGCUUCUGGCGCCCAGCAGGCUGCCGCAGUCACCGCAGCCGCCGUCCCCGCAUCCCACGUUGACGCCGGCACUGCCGACCGACCGCAAGCGAGGCGCUCGUUCGAUGGCCACGGUACCACCCGCCAGGAUCAACGCGAUCCCUGGGACGCCAUCGAGGCGCUGCGCGUCCAGGUCGUCUAUCUUGCCGGCGAGGUCGAAAAGCUCAACGAUGUUGUCGUCGAGGAGCUCGUCGAGCCUCGUAGGGCAGCCAAGCACCACUCAUACGCAGCCUCCAACAUCAGGAAGACCUCGCCCAUGGGCGCCACGACUCGGGCACCGUACGGCAUCAACGACGAUGGCCUCGAGAUGGACCCCGAGGCGGUACACAGCCAUCCUUACCUCAAGCGCGCCACCGAUCGCUUCCAUGAGGGUGGCCAUCCGGCAUCGGACCCUGCCCCUUUCGAGACUGCCGCACGCAUGGACCGAGCCGACGGCCGUCAAAGGGCCUCGAGUCCUCCUUUGCCGCGCCAUCCCACGACGCGUCUCGGUCCGUCGCAGCUACAGCAGCGCUCGAGGGUCUCUUUCGGGCACGAGGAGGCGGUAAGCCGGCACCGCGGGCCAAUGGGCCGGGACUACGACCCAGACGAGACCAUCGAUGCGGUCGCUGAGAACCGCCGCAGGCUCAGCCAGACUCUGCUCCGCGAGCAAGCGACAGGCGCUGACGAUGGCAACGGCGUGUACGGCGGCGACGAAGAGGACAUCUCGACGAUUGCCGAGGCGCGAGCGCAACGCGCGUUCGAGAGCAUGGCGAGGCACACGGCGCGGCUGCACCCACACGACUCGGAUGGUCGUCUUGGUGCGGCAUCGCAGCAUCAUCUGCUGGAGCACGACACGCGGCACUGCACCGUGUGCUCCAAUUCGCGCAAAUCGGCACGACGGCAGCAGUCGAGACGCAGCAAGGCGCUCGAGCGGGAGCGGCAGCGCGAGGCCGAUGAGAUCGAAGAGGAAACGCUGCUGCAGGCCUUCGAGGAUGUCGGCGACGACGGCGACGCCGCCACCGCUGUCGGAGCCACGAUUGAGGUGACGAGCUCGCAGCUCAAGACGUUGCAGAGGAUGCUGCAGGAGCACUGGGACGAGUUUGUGCACCAGCGCAUGCUCUACUCUGAGCUGGCCGACGAGCUCAAGCACCUCAGCCCGCGAAUGAGCAAGGAGAAGCGGCGGAUCCUGGCGCAGCACGUGCUCGAGGCCGUCGAGAUGCUCGAGCUCAAGGCGGAUCGGAUCAACCGCCUCGAGAGGCUGAUCGAGUCGCUCCUCGUCGACGAUGACGCCGACCGUGCAGGCCGUCAGGCGUCCUCCCCCUCUGCGCCGAUGUCUAGGGCGAAGCGCGCAGCCGGAUCGAAGACGACGCGAGACGAGCAGCCAAACGGACUUCGCCACGCCCUCGAUCGGAUGUCUGCCUCUUCCCCUCCUCCCGUCCUGGCGGGCCAAAAGACGAGGCUGACGCCCAAGGCGCAGCAAAAGGCGAUGGAGCGUCUUUCCGCCUCCUCUUACCAGCAGCAGCAGCAGCAGCAGCAGCAGCAGCGACAUGGUCGCAACUCGCCGCCAACCAUCGACCAUUGA